UCCUAGAAAGGACCUAGAAUUGCGAGAGACUCGGUGCUGGCAAGCUUCUUCCUGUUGUAGCCCCGCCUUCGGUUUAAAAAAAAUGCUCUGCCGUCUGCAUGUUUGUGCGAAUGCGACUUGUGUUGCUGCAAGAGAACGCGGGAAGAGGAGUGACUUUAGAGAGUUGGGUGAAAGGGAGGGGGGAAUGCGAUUAAAAGAGAAGAUGCAAGACGUCUCUUGCUGGAAGAAUGAAUGAGUGAAUCAACCGGUGGAUGGAUGGCCCACCAGAUGCCUCCGAGAAGCCCAAAGGCAGGAGACUGGAAAUCCUGCUGGAGAACUUCUGCCAGUCAGUGCAGAGAAGCUCUCCAGAACUUCUGCACUGCAGACAACACUGAAAUAGAUGCACCAAGAGGGGCCUGACAUGGAAAAUCCUUCCAUUCCUGGACCCCAGAAGCCGCUUGCUGCAUAUCAGCUUCCUGAUCUAUGAAUACAAGUGCUGUGAAGAAAGGCAGCACCAGUGUGCCUGUUGUAGCAAGGGCAGAAAUUCAUAUGCAAAACACUUAGCCAUUCAAAGGGCCCUUUGGCUGUAAACAUUGGGGGCAAAGGGUCUCUGAGCGUUUGUGUUCGGAGGGAGACCAUGGCUGGGGAGGAGGGGAGAUGCUUGGGUUCCAGUCCCCAGGCCCCAUCUCCAUUGGAACCAUGGAAACGCCUGGAGAUAAAAGUGGAGGAGGAAGCUUCGUUAGGCCCCAAACCAGGAUUUGACAAGACCCCUCACAUUAUCCAGGCUGGAAGUAUCGGGGAAUUCCUGCAAAGGAGACCAGAAGAAGUAGUUAAACAGCAGCUGGCUGAGGGGCCACUUCAGCGAUGGGAGGCCCAAUGGCAGGUGCUGCUGAAGACGGUGGAGACCCCUCACUCAGACUGGGGAGCCCCUCUGCUGCCAGAGGAGCCUGCUCCUUGGGACGAUGCCAGAGCUUUCCUGGCCUCCUUCGAGCAAGUGGCCGAAGCCUGCCGGUGGCCCAAGGAAGAGUGGGUGACCCGACUCCGGCCGGCCCUCAGCGGGGAAGCCGAGCGGGCCUUCCACAGACUGGAGGCCGGAACUGCAGGGAACUACAGAAAGGUGAAGGUGGCCAUCCUGCAAGGGGCCGCCCAGAGGAGGGAGAAGCAGCGCCAGCACUUCAGGCAGUUCUGCUACCAAGAGGCUGAGGGACCAAGAGCAGCCCACAGCCGACUUCAGGAACGUUGUCAUCAGUGGCUGAGAACAGAGAGACGCACCAAGGAGCAGAUCCUGGAGCUGCUGAUCCUGGAGCAGUUCCUGGCCAUCCUGCCCCCGGAGAUCCGGAGCUGGGUCCAGGAACGUGGCCCAGAGACCUGUGCCCAGGCCGUGAUCCUGGCUGAGGUUUUCCUGCAGAGACAGAAAGAAGCCGAAAGAUGGUGGCCACAGCGGGUUCUGGCACCACUUGUGGAAGUGGCUGUGAGUUCCUCUGAGGUAGAGCAGGCUCCGUCGGAUGCUGGGCAGAAGCAGCUGUGUAGGGAAGUGAAGCAGGAGGAGGACGACGACAGAGAAGUGACCUUGUGCACAGGCAAAGAGCAAUGGAGCCUAAAGGAGGAGGAGAGAGAGGCACCGAAACAGUCAGAGCCAGAGGGAAACCAUGGGGCAUCUGGAUGGAGAGAAGAUUAUAUUUCCUUAUGUCGUCAUGAACAAGAAAAUGCCUCUGAGGCUCAACACAGGGCAGAAUUCCACAAGGAACUGCAGCACAAGGAGAGGCUGUGCAGCUUGCCUAGGGGAGGUGAGCAGGGCCACUCUCUCAAUGGUUGUGGACAAGUGAAUGAGGGUGAGAGGGAAAACAAUCAAUGGGAAAGACCUGAGCAAAUGGAAGCAUUCAAAAAAAGAGCAAGAGAGGAAGAAGAAUUGGCUACUGCAGAUCAACGCCAACCAAAGCAGCGGCGAAGAUACCGCCGCAGGAACAGAAAGAGCCAAGCUGUUUCUUGCAUGGAAAACCAGAAGAGCGUCCGUGAAAUCCCGCAACAGUUAGAACAAAAUGCACAGUCCAAGUCUGCAGAAAGUGUCAAACAGGCCUCGGGCCUCGUUGAACAGGACAGGUCCAGUGGGAGUCAGGAGACCCCAUAUCUGUGUGGUGAGAAUGAUGAAAGGCCCAGUGGCACGGACCAAACAAUAAGGCAGCAGAGAAUCCAUGCAGAGAACGGCUCACACAGAUGUGCUUCUUGUGGCAAAACCUUCAGUCGGGGGUUGCGUCUUGCCAUGCACGAGAGAGCUCACACAAGGGUGUACAAAUGCUCUCAGUGUCCAAAAACCUUCAGCCAGUGUGUGCAGCGUAUGGCGCAUGAGAGAACCCACGCCAGGGGGAACAUCUAUCGGUGCUCUUCUUGUGGGCUGAGCUUCAGUCGGAAUUGGCUGCUGUUUCUUCAUGAAACAACCCAUGUAGGAGCAAAACCCUACAAAUGCUCAUACUGUGAGAAGAGCUUCAGUUGGAAGUCCCAGGUGAUCAUCCAUGAGAAAACCCAUACCACGGCAAAACAAUGUAAUGGGGAAAAGCCAUAUAAAUGCUCAGUGUGUGAGGAAUCGUUCAGUCGCCACUGGCUUUAUGCUAUGCAUAAAAGUUUCCACGCCGGCGAGAAAACAUAUGAGUGCUCAAAGUGUCAGAAAAGGUUCUAUUCGGACUCAGGUCUUAUUAAUCAUGAAAGAAUCCAUGCAGCUGAGACAGAAACGACAUGAAUAAUCUGGCAAAUUGCACCUUCCUAGAAACGGGAUUUGCAGGCAUUCAGAGCAAUGGACCUAAAAAGGUGCUUCCUGUAAGACAGAAAAGAACCUCUGGGCACAGGACUGGCUCCAGCUUGUGUGGGACCCAGGCAGAAAAUAUUUUGUGGGGUUCACUGUGAUGAAUCCAUAUUGUUCUGGACCUGCCAAAACUAAAAUAGUCUCUGUUGACAGGUUGCAGAGUUGGGCUGUCUCCCUAGCCUGUUCCCUAUAGGGUAGAGAAGGCACAGCAAAAUCUCCACUUAAGUGGCACUGGCUUUUGUUUUGCAAAGUGCCCUAUGAAUCCAAGAGCACGGUACGCGUGCUGGUUCCAGGCAUUGUAUCUCACCUGCCCGUCCUUGCUGCUAGCGAAGGUGGAGAGUCUCUGUGUCUACUAAGGAUUGUGUUCUUGCUGUAGCGACACUCCUCCCACUGGGAGAAAUCCUUAGCCAUGGAGCUUCUUUGCCUUCACUAGCAGUGAAGACGUGCUGUUGGGUUGCCUGGAAACAGCGCACACAACACACUUUUGGAUUGGUGGGCCAUUGAAUGCCAUUGGUAGGCAAAUCUUAGAAAUAAAAAGGCAAAGAGCAUACAGCUGCCAGAAACUACACAUGCUUCAUGGGCAGCAUGGGAAAAUACCUAGGCUGGCAUCAAGAUUAAUGCUGUGCUGGUGUUAUGUAGGACAGAAAAUAUUUGACCCUCAGGGGCAUAUUUUUGGGUUGGCACAGAGGGCUUAAGAUGGAAGGGAAUAUUGGUGAAAAUCUUCCCCCCCAAUAGGCCAGUGCAUUGUUAGUCUGGGUGUCAGCCCAGGAUUCGGAACGCCUGUCUGAUUUCAUCUUGCCAAUAUUUCAGCCCAUCGUGCACAGCAAAAUAGUAAUUCUUCAGUAUUGUGGCUUUCACAGCUUAAGUUCUGCUUUAUUCUCCAAAGCUCAGCCUCUUCCCUCUGGAAUACCACAGAGCCAAAUGGAAGCAAAGCUUCCUUUCCAACAGGCCACUGAAACACUGUUUCAGAAUAACUAUAUGGGUACAAAUCAAAUAUCUGUGCUGAAUCUGUUUUGUCAGUUCGGUGUCCUAUGAGCUGAGGGGUUCCCAGACAUGGCUUUUAAGCUGUAUCCCAACUGUUAUCCAGGCACAAAGUUCAACUGGGCCACUAACUGGCCCUCCAACAGAGCUUGCAUGGGGUUAAGCCAGGGUUGCAAAACUUGAGUCCCUCUUGCAGAUGUUGGACCACAACUCUCAUCAUCCCCAGCC